AUGAUGUGGCUAAUCUGUCGCGAUUCAGGAGUAAAAGUUCCUCGUAAUUUUCGUCUGUUGGAAGAACUUGAAGAAGGUCAGAAAGGAGUAGGUGAUGGAACAGUUAGCUGGGGCCUUGAAGAUGAUGAAGAUAUGACACUUACAAGAUGGACAGGAAUGAUUAUUGGGCCUCCAAGAACAAUUUAUGAAAACAGAAUAUACAGCCUUAAAAUAGAAUGUGGGCCUAAGUAUCCAGAAGCACCUCCAUUUGUAAGAUUUGUAACAAAAAUUAAUAUGAAUGGAGUAAAUAGUUCUAAUGGAGUGGUGGACCCCAGAGCCAUAUCAGUCCUAGCAAAAUGGCAGAAUUCUUAUAGUAUCAAAGUUGUUCUGCAAGAGCUUCGGCGUCUAAUGAUGUCUAAAGAAAAUAUGAAACUUCCUCAACCACCUGAAGGACAAUGUUACAGCAAUUAAUUAAAAAAACAAAAACAAAAAACCAUGCCCCCCUUAUUCAAUUUAAGCUGUCUUCAUUUUCCACAGUAGUAAAUUUUCUAGAUGCAUCUUGUAGACCUCAAAAUACUGGAAAGGAAGUUCCCAUUCAAAGGAAGUUUUUCUUGAGAUACUGUAAAUGAUACUAAUUUUUUUUUCAUUUGAAAUAUAAGUUGUGCUAUAACAAAUAAUCCUGUCGUGUAACCACUGUCCACAUAGCUGAACUUCUGGUAUCAGGAAAAGUCUAUUUAAAUUUAUUACUGUCAAGACCAGUGUGGCACAUCUAACUUAACUGUGAAAGCAUACAUCCCACAAUCACCUUGCUGUGUGUCUGGCCUGGGUUGUUUUUUUUUUUUUUCUUUUUCUGUCUUUUGCAAUAGAGUCGAAGCUCAGGGCUAUUUAUUAGAGUAGACACAAAGGUUUUCGCUUCCAGUACUACACUGGGCUUUAUGGACUACUAAUGGGGAUGUGUGCUAACCUCAGUCAUCCCUCCCUUUGUGCUAUCUCUAGUAAAGGCUGAAUGUGACUGUGGUCGUUUUUGGUUUUUUAUUAUUUUCUUUUAAUGCCCUGAUAAUCUGGGGCAAGCUUUCCUUCUUCCCUUUGGCCAAGGCAUAGAUUGUAUUUCUCUUCCUGGUCCCCCUCACCUGUGGCGUGGGCUUUGGGUGAGGGAUUCAGGGUUCUUUUAAUCUCUUUCCUCUUCCCCUCUUUUUAGUGGGGGUGCUGCUUUCUUUUUGCCCCUCUUUGUGACUCUUCUCACCCCUGGCCAGCAGGGGUAAGUGUUGGGGCAAUAACUUGACCGUUUCCCUCCCGCUUAUCAUUUUGGGUUUGCAACAAAUCUAGUCUUCACCAGCCUGAGAAACAAGAGUAUCUAUUCUGCUCGCAAACUUGGAUUUUCCCUGUCCCUCCAGCACUGCUGCCACACCGCCAAGCUGGCCACGGCUGAUGUUAUUAGAUAGGCUUUUGACAUGGUGAAAAGAGCAGUAAUUUACCAGGAUUGCCGAAAUCUUCUGCUGCCAAACUUUAAUGGGGAAACUCUGCACGUAGAGAUUCUGAACACACACUCCAGCUCUAAUAGUUGUAUUUUGGUGCUUUGGAUUGCCCCAAGAAUGUUAAUGAAUGAAAUGUUGCACUUAGGUUUGGCCCUUCUAAAGACGUGACAACUACAGACAAAUCAAAUCAGUGUAGUAGAUUUUAUUAGAAUCCUGUAAGUCUUGGAAGAGAAGUCUCUUCAGUGAAGAUUUUGCGGAAGUGGUGCAUACGGCAGAUUAAGGACCGUAAUUGGCUUUGCAUCCUGGCAAAUCACUGCCUUUUCCGGUUUACUGUUUUGGACCACUAACUGCUGAAAUGUGGAUGCAAGCUUACAUACAACCAACCUAGUGUGUCCUAAGUUUUAUGACAAAUUCAGUGUUUGUGUAAAAAAAAGAGGAAAAAAAAAAGAAAAAAAAGAAAAAAGUAAAAAUAAACACAUUUUAAAGCAGCAGCUAUCAAGUCAAUGAACAAUUGAUGUUUCCAUUAACUCUUUGGAGGAAAAUAUUAGUUGUAAGGAUUUAACAUCCUCUGUAAUUAAAGUUUAACAUAACAGUAUUCCAUAAGCAGCCUUUUUAUUGUAUCAGACCAUUGCCUGAUUUUAAUAUAAUAAAAAGUGUGCAUUAAUAUUAGAAGGCUUUAAUUGUAUUUAUGUUUAGAA